CUUAAAGGAAGAUAAAUGUCACAAGAGAGAAUAGAAAAAGUCUGUCAGCUGAAGACCUUGCCUUUUCCCUGUCAGAAGUGGAUAACUAUAAUUGGGGGAGGGGGAGCUAAGAAGUUGGAGAUGAACAGAUAGAAAAGUUACACGGGACAGAGCUCUGCAAAAGACUGAACGGGACUAGAAAGGGAUGUACCUUCUUUCUCAGGUGCACGUGCCACCAUCCCACAAAGUGGCCCGGAGUAGUGCCCUCUGCAGCCUGGGCGGAAUUAGAGACCUUCGGGCCCGCCUCCAAACCUAAGCCCGCACUGGGGAUGGGCGGGGAGCAAGACGUUGCAGGGGGAGAAAAGUGACUCACAAUGGCCCUCUGUGGGAAGGAAGCGCUCACUGACUGGCAGGCAGAGGACCACUCCGCACCUCGCUGGGCUGCCCUUCUCCUCCCUAGUGUCCCUUUGCCCCGCCCUCUUUCCCCUCCCCCACCUUUUCUUCCCUUCCCCCUACCUUCCCCCACACACCUCCCGGUUCUCCCAGAGCCCUGCCCCUCCCUUGGCGCAAGCGCAAUUGGGCAGGUGGGUCAGUGGUCCCUCCAGGCGCAGAGGGGUCAGCUGAUUUGAGAUGAAGAGCUGAUUUGCUAAAUCCUCCUGUUUCCCUGCCUCCUUCCCCUCUUUUUUUUUUCUUUUUUUUUUUUUUUUUUUUCCUUGUCAGCCUUUCGGUAUCAAUCUUGUUUUUGGAAAAAUUCUCUGAUAAGUAUGUCUGAGUUCUGGCUUAUAUCAGUUCCUGGGGAUAAAACCUGCCAACAAGCAUGGGAGAAACUACAGGCAGCAACAACCAAAAGUAAUCUCUCUACUAAUUCAAAGUUCAGCAUUCCUGAAUUAAAGAUCGGCACGCUGGAUAUUUUAAUCAGUUUAUCAGACGAACUGGACAAACUGGAUUCCUUGGCGGAAAUAAAUGUUAAGGAAAUGUCUAAAUAUAUGACUGAAGUUCUAGAGGAUAGCGAAGAUAAAGCUGGAGAAAUGCUAUUGGUUGAUGGACUCGACUUAGUUACAUAUCUAACAAGGUUCCAAUGGAAUAUGGCCAAGUAUCCAAUCACGGAGUCCCUGAAAAGUCUUGCCGAAAUGAUGGCCAAGGGAGCAAAACAAAUUAGCAAUGAUUUCAGAGCCCGAUCAUCUUCAUACAACGAACUGAAAGUAAAUAUUCAGAAUUUGGAAAAAAAGAAUGCAGGAAGUUUAUUAACUAGAAGCCUAGUAGAAAUUGUAAAGAAAGAGGACUUUGUCCUUGAUUCAGAAUAUCUCAUCACAUUAUUGGUAGUAGUUCCAAAGUCACAUCAUAAUGACUGGGUUAAGCAAUAUGAAACACUAGUCGACAUGGUAGUCCCAAGGUCUAGCCAGGUUAUUUCAGAGGACCAAGAUAAUUACCUCUGCAAUGUUACUUUAUUUAGAAAGGCAGUGACAGAUUUCAUAAAAAAAGCCAGAGAGAAGAAAUUCGUUGUUCGUGAUUUUCAGUAUGAUGAAGAACAGAUAAAAGCAGACAAAGAAGAGGUGGCAAAUAUCUCCACUGACAGGAAAAAUAAACUUGGACUAUUAAUUAGGUGGCUGAAAGUGAAUUUCAGUGAAGCUUUCGUAAUAUGGAUUCAUGUGAAAGCAUUAAGAGUUUUUGUUGAGUCUAUUUUAAGAUAUGGAUUGCCAGUGAACUUCCAGGCAAUGCUACUUCAACCCAAUAAGAAAAACAUAAAGAAACUGAGAGAGGUACUGUAUGAUUUAUACAAACAUCUGGAUGAUAGUUCAGGAGCUAUUAUUAAUUUUGCUACGGAUGUUCAAGCCUAUAAGCUCAAUGACCAGGAAUAUUAUCCCUAUGUAUUCUUCAAGGUUGAUUGCAAUCCAAUACAAUUAAAGUAAAAAUGGUCCUCAGUACUGACAA